AAAUACGUUUAACAUUUCCUCUACUUGCAUGAGUUCUUUUUAGAAAAUGUCUUUUUUUGGUGGAACAACCUCCACGCUCUUCGGAACACCAACGACUUCAGCCUCAACCGGGUUUGGAGGUUUCGGUGGAACGGGCACAUCAUCUACCGGUUUCGGAGCAGGUUCAAGCACAGGUUUUGGAACAGGAGCUAGUACUGGUUUUGGUACUGGAGCAAGUACUGGCUUUGGCACCGGUGCAAGUGCUGGGUUUGGAACGGGUACCUCAACAGGCUUUGGAACAGGAGCAUCAACUGGUUUUGGAACUGGAGCAUCAACUGGUUUCGGAACUACAGGAGCAACACCUGGCUUUGGAACUGCUGGGGCAACCACUGGUUUUGGAACUGCUGGGGCAACCACUGGUUUUGGCACGGCUGGAGCAUCAACUGGUUUUGGAGCAAGUGCAGGAGGCUUAGGGACAUUUGGAACUGGAACAAAUCCAGCUGGAGGAUUUGGAACAGCACCUACAACAACUUCAUCAUUGUUUGGUGGUUUUGGGACAUCAACCUCGUCAUCACCCUUUUCUUUUACCACACCAACAACAUCAACUACAACAGGAUUUGGAGGAUUUGGUACAGGAUCAGGAGGAUUUGGUGCUGGUCUUGGAUCUACUGGAGGCUUUGGAGGUUUUGGUGGAGCCUCAACUUUAGGUGGGACUGGUACAUCAACUUUUGGUACUCCAGGGCAAUCAGCAUUUGGAACUGGUGCUGCCUUUGGUGGAACAACUGGUGGUUCAACUUUCAGUGGUGCUGGUGCUUUUGGUGCUCCCACAGGGGGUUUGUUUAAUCAAACAGCACAACAACAGGAAGAAGCUAAUUUGGCAAAUGUUGCUAUGGCAGUUUCUUUACCCCAGAUCUUUGGGGAUGAAAGAGAUGCUAUCAUUGCCAAGUGGAAUCAGCUGCAAGCAUACUGGGGUGUUGGCAAGGGAUAUUAUUCUUCAAAUGGUGUUGUAGAAUUUAAACCUGAAAAUCAUUUUUGUAGAUUCAAGGCUUUGGGCUAUCAUCUAAUUCCUAAAGGCAGUAAUGACCUUGGACAGUUGGCAUUGGUACUAGGGAGAAAAGAGGAAGAGGUAACAGCCGCCCAACAGCAGAUUGUUGAUACCCUGCAGAGAAUUUUAGGCAAUAAACCAACUUUAAGUGUUUGUGUUGAAGGGAUCAAGCCGCUCCCAGAGGACAGAACAGAGAUAGUUAUCUACAUCCUUGAGAGGCCAGCCACAGGCCCUGCCAAGAGAGUGCUUGCUAGUGAUUUGUUCAACGCUUUAAACCAGGCCACACUGAAGAGUCAACUAGUUUCACAACUGAAUGUAGAGAAUAUGCUACCUAAAGUUGGCUGGACAGAAGAACAACUGAAAGAGUAUUUAGACAAACCCCCGGCAGGUGUUGAUCCUUUACUGUGGCAGCAAGCUAAGCUUGAUAACCCCGACCCUGAGAGAUACAUACCUGUUCCAAUGAUAGGAUUCAAGGAGCUGCAGCGCAGGUUAAAACACCAAGCAGAGCAAACAAAGCUGUACCAGCAAAGGCUUGAUGUGAUUGCUUCAGAUCUGGCAGAUUUGCAAACUCAGCACAGUACGAUGCUGUCUAAAAUGGAAGACUAUAAACGUAAAGAUUUAGAACUUGGUCAUAGAUUGUUGAAGGUGAUAGUCAAACAAGAAAUUUAUAGAAAAAUGGGAUAUGCCAUACAAGUAGAGGAAGAAACUCUGAAAGUUCAGCUGGAACAAUUACAGGUGGAACUUAACCACCCAACACAGUUUAAGGGACGUUUAAAUGAGCUCAUGUCACAAAUGAGAAUGCAGCUUCAAAUGGCCUCUGGCAGGGCUGACCCCACCUACCAGAUGGAUGGUGAGACACAAUCAGAGAUAAGAAUAAUUCUCAAACAACAACAAGAAGGUCUCCAACAUCUGAUUGACAUUAUCAAAGAGGACGCUGCCGACCUGCAGCUCAUUGAACAAGGCAUCUCCAAGUCCCCAGCUAGAUGAUUUAAACCUGUUUCUUAUGCUUCAGCCUCUGAGAAUUUUGAGAAGAAUUGUUGUUUAAAAAGAAUUAACAAUUAUUAACCUCACAAGACCAAUGUGUUCUCUAAACUUGAUAUAGAAAUGAGAAGUAAAAAAUAUUAAGGUUUUCGAUAGAUAUUAUUUUGAAUAUGCAAGGUAUCUUUUCAACCAUGUAAUUGUUUAAUUUUUUUUUUCUAAUGUGGCUCAUUCACAUACGUUGGUGUCAAGUAUUAAUCUAAGCCAUGAAUUAAACAGUUGAUAUGGUCAAGUAUUGUAAAAAAUAUCGAUUUAAAUUGUUGUACAUUUUGCUGAUACAUUUUUACCAUGCACUUAAGUUUCAAGAAACAACUUCUUAGCUCAAAUUUGACUUCUGAAAAUAUUUUAAUAAUUAGAUUAUGAAAGAUUGGUUUCAAUACUUUCAAGUUCUCAAAGUAUAAUAAAAUAGGUUUAAUAUUAUCCAGCUAAUUUAAAGUAAAAUUGACAUUUUUAAAAAUGAAAAACAUCUUAAAGUAAUAUAGGCAUUUUAAUAGAUAUUGUUCAUAUUAUUUGUAAUUAUAAGAACCCAUAAAUGUUGUUGUAAAUAAAUGA